AUGGAGUUGCAAAUGGAGACCGUGUGUGUGUGUGCUGACGCUGCCCCAGCUGAAAAGGAACCAAUAGACAUAGACCCGGGCGGCAACAAUCGCCGUGCGCUUCCACUCUCCAGUAGUGCACCGACCCCGAACUGUGUACAAACGCGGAAGAUCGCGCAAUUUAUUCGGAAUGGUUGGGUUUCCUUCACCCGGCUUGGGAUGCGUAAGUGGAUGCGUGCACACACGGGUUAAACCUGCUUUCGGGCUCGACAGGCCAGCCGGAGUGGAGUAUAUCCGCCCGGUCCUCCCCUCGUGGUGCUCGGUGCAUGUGGCUGCUGUGGAGCUGCUCAUGUGUGGAUGAGUCUGUCUAGUGAAUCGUGAUGAUAUGACCGUAAAACCUUUAUUAACAGCGCAGAGGAUGAGGUUGGAUUGUGGCUCGGACGCUGGACACCGAGCCCAGUGGGUUUUGUGACAUCCUCAGCGCGCCACGCGUUUGUGGUAUGGAGAUAAGCGGGGCGUUUUUUUGUAUCCAGGAACAUUUUAUUUGUGGCUCUUGCGCUUUUGGGCACUGCGCAUGGUUUCAUCCAGCAGAGCUCAGAGAACUUGUUCACGAGGCAGAAAGUACCACACUUCUCAGUGUGGAAAGUGCAGAUUCAGACAGCUUGCCUACGGUGAAGUAGUGGGAGAAACUAAAUGUACAUUUUAUCGAUAUUACCGAUUAAAAGCACAAUUGUGGAUUAACAUUUAACUCUUGUUGUUAAAUGUAAAUCAAUGUUGAUGUAAUGCAUUUAGACAAGAUUUUACUGAGUGUCUGUCUACAUGACACUCAUUAUUACUGCUUAAAGUCAUUUACUGUGUUUAUGUUAAAGUUCCAUGUUUUCACGUGUUUUUGUCAGCCAAGAUCAAAGUAUGUACCUCUGCUGCCCUGUUACACCCUGAAUCAGUCUGCAGUGUGUCAGUGAUAUAAAUAGUUUGAAGUUGACAGUUAAAAACAAAUCAAGUUGAAUUUUCUAACCUGCACCAAGGGAAGUUGUUCCCUCAGGGACAGAUUCACCCUAGAAGUCCUGAGUCAGGCAGCCCUGCUGCUACGGACUAUUUUUGUCUUCCAUAAUUAAAUGUUCAAUUCAAGCUGCAUCGGUGCAACCAGCGUGUGACUGCUACUCUACUAUGGAAUUGUUGGACUGGACACUUGCUUUGCAUGUUUUGACAGAAAAUAUGAGUCAGUCCUGGUUGAAAUGUAGAGACUGCUCGACUGUACCUCUGCUGCAGAGUUAAUUAAUCAGAACAGAUUAGGCCCAUCACCUCUUGUAAAAGCUGCUGUGCAUAAGCAGCUAUGGACACAACGGACAAAGCCAGUCUGUGGUUACUGACUGAUGCUGGCUGUUGUGGACUCAGGAAAUAAAAAGAUGCUAAAAAGAAAUAGAUGGCCAGUCUAACCUUGAGGAGGAACAUGAAUGUGUAACUAGGACACGAGGGCAGAUAACAAAGUGGGUUAUAGGGCGCUAAAAAAAUCAAAGGAAUGAUUAGCAUGAAGUUGACUUUACUGACAAAAAUGCUCAAUUUUUCUUAUCAAAAAAAGUUAAAUGUUCUUCAAAUCCCUCCCAUUAAUAAGUCUUCUUAACGCCUCAGUUAGCUCUUUCUCAAAGUUUUGGGUCACAGCAAACUAAGAUCAGCCUUUCCUCAUUAGAACAGCAGCCUGUUCUGCCCGCCUGUAAACCUUCCCAGGUGUAAGAGUAUUUUAUUUUUUUUUUAAUGGAGAGGCUGUUGGCAGCAUCAGUAUAAUGGUGUCACUGUAUGAUUCAGUCAGUUUAAUGAUAUAGAGCUGUGCUCAGUCCCUGAGUCAGCUCAUCAGACUAGUGCUCAAGUUAAGUCAGUCAACAAACUCAUUAACCUGCCCGUCACGUCACCUAUCAGCGUUACAGACACAGAUGCUGAGAUAUACUUCAAGUUAGGCAAUCAGAAAAUCAAUGUCAGCCAGUCAAUGAAAAUUAAAGACAAAAACUGAGGCUGUGUAAUCCUAAACAGCUGUCGUUGCUGUGUCAGUGGUGAGGGUUCGCACUGUGGGUUUCAGCAGAGCCUGAUCUGUCAACAAAGCGCAACUUUCUCCACUCACUGUGGAGAAACAUCACAUUAAAGUCCCCCCUCUUGUACAGGAUAAAACGAUAAAUUAUUGUUUUACAGCGCUCCUCAGAUAUCACAUAAACAUGUGCUUUUGAGUGCCCCUAUCAUUUUAACUCAACUAUUGUCACGUAUUUCUAGUGGUGUGUUUUCAAAGAUCACAAGCAGGGCUCACCCACCUGGCCUGAAAAUACCCAGUAUGUAUCUUUUAUGGCCAAAUUUAUUCAAAUUCAUGUCAGCCACACUCUGCUGCUGAGCCUCCUUUUAUAGGUAUCCACAUGUGCGGUGUCACUACUUUAAUACACUGAACGGGCUGAAUUUUCUUUCCCUUUUUUUGAAGAUCAGCUGCAAAUUGAGCCAAAUCAAACAGUUUAGUACCCACUGUCCAGCUACAAAGUAUGUCCUGGCCUGAUUAUGUGAUGGACGUUCUCACAGAAUAAAAACAGUAGAGCUUGUGGCUGAGGGCGGCUCGGACUACACACAUCUCAGUCUGGUAUACUUUAAAAAAAAAAAGCCCUACUGCUCUCGGUGAGAGAGUGGAAGCUCUGUAUUUUAAAGUAAUGUGAGUGUGUGUGUGUGUGUGCACAACUGUGCAAAAGUGUGUCUUUGUGCAUUCAACAGGUAGUCCUCUACUUGCAAGAAGAAAAAAGAGAGCAGUGCUGAGGAUGAUUUGUCACAAAAUUGGUGUAAAAUUUUGACACAGAGGGGCAGCUGGUGUUUGUUUACAUUCGGGAUAAUAUCUACACUUUUGCACAUGUCCAUAACAUUGUCACAGAGGGCGCUAAAGCUACCUGAAGUCAGAUAUGGCAGUCGUAUUUGAGAGUCAAAGCAGUGUCUCUGCCCAGAUAUAGUUUGUUUCUUUUAUUUCAAUUAUCGUUUUUGAUCCAGUUGUCAGAAUGUCAGUCAGCCAAGUUCAGCAUGUGAACUAUAUGAAGCAUCAUUUGACAGCUUCAGAACUGGGCUUUGUCAAAGAGGAGAGUUUGUUGGAUUAAUACAAGUUCUCAGUUAUUGAGUGAAUAUACUUGAUGUCUCUGUUGAAAGAGUUAAGUGAGAUGAAGAACUUAACUGUGAUACAAGCCUUAAAUGUUGAGUUGGAAGUUUCAUGUGGUUGUUAGUGCUGGGACAGGCUUAAACACAGCAUAACAUCAAUGCUGUCUAAAAACGUGAAUCUUUCUUAGUGAAGUAUGAUGCAAUAUAGCAACAGUGCGAAAGUGACUGAGCUCAAUAGAUCAAUAAGCCUUUUUUUCUUCAUAAGAGGAAGCAGCAAGUAGAGAGUCAAAACCACAGAGCACAACCUGUGAGUGUAGAAAAUUCCAAGUUACAAAGUGUAUUUUUAAGCACGGGGGAUUUCUGUCAGUAGGCCAAGUCAUGUUCCCAUCCUGUCCUGUGGUCAGGUAGCAGCGCUGUUGUGUCUGCCAGCAGUCAGCAUCAUGUCAGUGAGUGUGGAGUCCCUCCAUUAAGAGGAAGUCCUGACAGGUCGCCCCCUCACAGCCGUCGGAAAUAACAAGGAGGCAGAAGGCAGCAGGUUUUAGGCACACAUCUAUUUGUUCCAAAGCACCCAAGCAUACGUAGAAACAUAUGUUCAUGUCCAGUCUUACAUAUCAGGCACAACAAGGUCACUUUUGGAUGAGGAGUAAAGAAUCUGAAGUGUCAUCCUAAAGAACAAAUGCAGAUUUGUCUUAAAAAAUGAGAGUAGCUCCCAAAAGGGAAACACUUAAAUAAAUUGAUUUCUGGUUGAUAUAAACCAAAUUCACUGUGGAUUAUAGCAGGAGAUUGAAUUUAAACAUAUUUGCCCAUAAAUAUAGAGUACAGAGGUGAAUUAUUAAGAACCAGAAGUCACACUUUAACUGAGGAUGGUCAGUGUUUGAAAAUUGCAUUUCAAUCUGCUUGGAUCAUUGAAAUAAUGCCUCUUGAAUAUAUGAAUGGCUACAGAGGAAACCGCUCGUGUUGUCCUCCUGUGAGUUUAAUGACAGUGUACAGCUGCGAAAAAGACAGCGCCUUACUUGAAGCUGUAAAAAAAUCUUCAUUCUUGGGAUUGUCAGUCUUGGAGAUUUCUCAAAGUAUUACAGUUGAUUGGAUCAUAUCUCAGCCUUGCACCUACAAUAGAGGCUCAUGUUUCCCCCUCUUUUUUUUGGCGGAUAGGCUAUUCUUCCAGUGUUACCUCUCUCUGCUGGGAAGGAAAAGAAACACCAUUUUCAGACAGAAGUUAUUUUUUCAUUGAUCUUUUCAUUUUGUGCUCUCAGCUUGCGUAAGGAAGCGGUAUCACUUUUUCUUCAGCUGUUGUGAAAAUGAUGGUGGACACCACAGAGCACAUAAAUGGUAGUUAGUGACAGUUUGGAGCUUAUUCAGAUGUUAAAUUGCCUCCGAAAAUUUCACGCAUGUUACAGCAUUCAGUGAAUUUAGAACAAAAUGAUGAAACUGAAGUAGAAUUUGUCAUCUAUGAACAUGAACGUCCAGUAGUAAGCAGUAAAUGAAAGGCAGACUAGAGAGCGUGACUAUGGAUGCCAACAAUCUCAGAACACCUUCACUCUCAUUACCUGAGUCAGAACAGGAGUCACUACCUCACAACCACGUCUGUUGCCACAGAAACGGGAGAGUCUCCUGUGCUGGUGUGAGUGGAUCAUUGGCAUGUUUGUAAGCCUGCGUGUGUCCGGAGGUGUUUGUUUUAAAUGUUGUAGUAUACAUCGCCUCUUUGAAAGAGAGUUUAAAUGAGUGUUUAUGUUGUCGGCCAGCUGUCCACUCUAGGGUUUGUAAUCCUCAGGCUGCACCGACAGACGAGUGCUGCCCAUCAAGUUUUUAUGAAACACUUCUCAACAAAGUAAUUAGGCUGCUGUUGGUCUUGGUCUGGGAUUUGCAGCUUACUUGAUGCCACCGCAUGCUCAAAUAAGACACAGAUCCCAAGACAAAUGUAGCUGUUGAUUACCAGACAAUAUUGUACAGUAGAUAAAUGAAGAUAGAGCAUUGCUGUCGUGAACGGACAUAUUUUUUUUAACUCUGCGCCUGCCAGCUGAGAUUCAUACCAGUCACAUUCACACCAGAUGUAAACAAGCAUAGAUGACAGAUGGCAUCUUGUAGCAUGGUGCAGAUUGUCAGCAUUUGGAUCUAGAAAGCAGAGAUUUAGUUGUAUGUAGGCUGGACUUGGUGAAACGGGAAUACACGUUAACCUUGCUCUGCUAUCAUUAGCCAGACUAAGCAAACCAAUGUCAUAUCAGUUGGCAGCGAAUUCCGAUCCUGCUCUUAGCUGUGUUGAGUAGAUCGUGCUCGAAGCAGGCUGUUUUCUGAGUUACAUCAAGACUUUUUGGUUUUUCAGAAUCUGAAUCUCUGAUCACACGACCAGGAAAUAAGUGUCUUUGGAGCAACCCUGGGAUGGGUGUCGUCUCAGCCAUGUCACCCUUCUGAAGAGGGGAUUACAAACCCAUUGGCUAAAUUAACCACACCCCUUGUCCUAACUUAUCUCAACUCCUGCACAUUUCAUGAGAAUUAAGGCUGUAAAUAUGUUCAUUUCUGAUGUGAAAUUGGUCAUUUGAAUUUGGAAACAGCCUCAAGUAAGCAAUAGUUUUAUGUUCUUCCACAUUGACUUCAUGUUUCAUACUCGAUAGGGAUGGGAGUCGAGAUGGUUCAAUCCAUAAGCAUUGUUUACAUUUUAUCGUAAUGAUUCCCUCAACGAUUCCUUUCUACCGGGUGACUUGAAAAAUGGUCUCACGAGAGCCAGUUCUGCGUGAACGAGAACAGAGACUUUGAGGAAAAAAACAUGGUGGCUGGUACAAAAAGUAGGCAGAAACAAUCUAAAGCGUGGCUUCAACUUACUAAGAAAGACGACAACAGUGUGACGUUCAACGUUUGUCGAGUAGUAUUGUGUAUUUCACUUAAUACCAACUGAAGUAAAUGCUGUACAAAUAGUUUGCCAUUUGAUUAUUUUUAGACUCUCACUGAAGGUGGCAUGCGUCUUUCUCUGGUAUCAGAGACUCAAUCAAAAUUUGAGUCUACUUUUUUUUUAAAUCAAAGAAAGGUAUUGGUAAGGAAAUCUCGAAAGAAUUGAAUCAAUAUUACGAAUCGAUAAUGGCAUCGAUAUCGAUAAAAUCGUAUCAAUUCCCAUCCCUGAUACUCGAGAAGUUGUUGCUUUCUUGGUACCCCGAGAAUUAACUAAUUAACUAACUAAAUAAGCAACCUGUCCUCCUUGAAAUUGUAAAGCCAUCCAAACAACAUCUAGAAAAAGACCAUUUGUGUUGUUCAGCUGUGUUGAAAUGAGCUUCAAAUAGACCAGCGAAGUGCCCUACCUGUCCUGAUAUCACAACCCACGGCAUAUAUGAGCUGAGUGGAUGUAUUGUUCCAUCUACUCCAAAUAGGCAUACACAAACUGGUAUUAUUGAUAAAAUACUGUUAACUGCUUGGUUACAUGAUAUGAGGGAACAAACCGAUCAACAAAGCCGUUACAAAUGAGAAUAAAAGAAUAAAGUACCUGCAAGCUACGACAGAGAAAAGUACCCCAGGGUCUGCAAAAACCCCAGUAAGUCAUGUAAGAGAGCUUAACUCUGAGUCAGGCAAAAAGAGUCAGAAGUUGAACAAGUUUUUCUCAUUUUGCACAUGAGUGUUUCCUGCCUGAUUGGUAGCCUUUGUUAUCUGAAGCAGGUCUCAUUAUCCUCUACUUUACCUGACAGCAUAAAUUCACUGUAGACCAUGAUAUUCUCUCAUCUAAUAUCUGUGUAAUCACCACAUAACCAGCCCUCAUAUGAGUCACUGAUCAGUUUCUGUUUGAAUCCCACUUUUGGCAUCAGUCAGUGCUGCUUGAACAAAUAUCUCUUUAUGUCUGUCCCUGUAUAGCCAUGGCCUGAAGACAAGCGGUUGGCAGCCAUACCAGUAAUACGAAUCACACAACAUUAAAAAAAAUCUAUUAUACAGAAGUGGCCUUUGAAAAUAGGAUGAUUAGACAUGCUUAUGUAUUUUAUUGUCUCAACCUGAAAAAGUAGGACUUUGGUGGAGGAAUACAAAGAUUGUCCACAGGGUCCACUGACCGCUGUGAAAGCCCACUUCGACUUACAUUUUUCCACUGAGGUUUCCAUCUGCACUUUUUCUCAUCCAAGUUUCCUUUUUUUUCCCUGAAUUUUCUGAUCCGUAUAUACUUCCUGCUGAUUUCUAUGACAGGUUGCUACAGUGUAUCCCAGCAUGCAUCAGGUGAAGCAAUUCGAAACACCCCCAACAGGUCAUCAGGGGCUACAGAGCUCACAGACUGAUAUGUAAUAACAGUCAGUUUCACUUGAGCUCACACCAAGACUAAAGACCAGUUUAGCAUUUGAAGAGGGGGGGAAUGGGAAUUUGCAUUUGUUGUUACCUUUCAGUCUUGAACUAGCUAAAAUGAACCUUUAUUUUCUUAAAUAAUACAAUCAGACCUUUUUUAAAUGCAGUUUUUCCUCAACUUCAGUAAUUGUUGUGGCAGACAGUCUUUAAUUCCCCGUCAUAGUUUGUGUCUGGUGUUAAUCUUUCCAUUUCUCUUUUAGUCAAAGGCCACAGAGAGGUGCAUUACACAUUAAUAAGUCUGCUCUCAGUUUUGCCUGAGUAUAAAUUAUUCCUAUCUAAUAGCUCUGUGUGGAGUUUAUUGUGUGUCCAUUACAGUUAAAACUCAAUAAGGAGGCAAACCUGUGCAGCAAUAAAGUCCCGAAUUACUCUGGACCUCACAGAUGGUGAAACUUUUAUUCGCAGUAGUUAGUGUUGAUGGUGAAGGUUUUGUAGUAUCCUGCAACUACAGAUGUACCAAUCCAACUUUUAUGCCUCUAUAACAAUACCUUUACUUUAGGUAUCACCGAUUCUGAGCAUAAAAAUGAUGACAUCUAUUGUGCUCUGUGAGGAUCCGACUGACAAUCAUUUGUUUGUAAAGUUGAACUUUUGUAAGUUUCAAAUGAAAAGAAAUAAAUGAUCACUAUCUGCCUCAGUCUCCAACUUGCAAAAGUAUAACUCAGACUCAGCUGUGACAUUACGCUGUGUGCAAAGCAGCAUAAUUCACCUCACACUGCACUGUCCAUUGCUUUCUUUCAUGUCCCUUUUUAAAACGACAGUCAUGUAAACGAUCAACUUUGAUAUUUUUCAACCAUGUGUUUUUCUGUGCCUGACUGAUGAGGGGAGAACAGUUUCUGAAAUCGGUCCAGCACUGAGGGAGAGCGGAGCAGCCGGCAGCCGCAAAACGAGCUAAGACAUAGGCUGUAUCCGAAAUGAAUCACUCAAUCCCUAACCACUGACCCCCAUAUGGGGUUAAUACAGCUGACUAUGUAGUGAGCUCAGUCACCGGAGGUUUCGGACACUACAUGGCGUACCGUUGUGAUGGCACUGCUCAGACUGCCGCUGGAGACGCAAUGCUCUAUGGGAAAUUUUGAGUCGCCUAUUUGUGUCAUUAGAAUUGAUCACUCAGUUUCGGACACCCCUCAAAAUGGCGCUAACCCCCAUAUAGUCGCCUAUAUAGAGGUUAGGGAUCCAUUUCAGGCACAGCCAUAGUUUGACCAGGCAGCUGUGCAUCUUCAAACCGCGUCCGUGACUAGCACUUUAUUUCACCUAUGACAGGCUCAGAUUUUUAUCUGUCCGGGGAAUACAACGGCACGGGUUUCCCUUACCUUCCACAGACUGGCCAGUCUGUGUGCAACUGAAUCUCCUUGUGGAGAAGUGUCGGUCUGACGUCUUGCGAGAUCUCACUUGUUGCAGGAAGAGUCAGUAUAUGUAGGUAUGAAAAUCAAGUUGGUGCAUCUCUACCCAAAACUUAAAAUGAACUUUCUUCUCUCUCAUAUCUUCUUUUAUUCUUGAUAUGCUCGUGGUCCCUCACAGUAAUUAAUUUUGGGUUUAUAAGUUAGUGCUCAAUCACUGCCAAUAGCCUCGAACAUCAUGUUAUCACACAGCUUUCAUGGGCUAAUCUUCACCACUGAAGCAGAUUUUUUUUUCUUGCAACCAACCAGAAUCUGAAAGGCAUCAGAGAGUUCCUUCUAAAGUUCAUGGCAUCUCAAAACAAACCCAACAGUGUAAAGUCGAGCUGUGGAGUACACUGUGUGAAAUGGUCUGUGAAAUGCAUCAACAGCACCACUGAUGGUUGGGCGACAUCUGUGUCCGGCUUGUGUUUGAAAACCUGUAAUUUAUCGUAGUGAGUCCCCAAAGUUUCAGCCAUAAUCGUUUUUGAGUUUGGCAGCAAAACUCUGAGCUGUUUAACUGUGAAAGCAGUUUUAAGUACAGGUUUUGGCAGUGAUGGAUUCUUUAAUGAAAUAGAUGUAACCCCUUUAGUACGCAGUUGCAUCUCUAUCACUCAGCGUGUUUUUAAGCUGUAAGUAAAAAUGUUCAAAUUGCUAAAAUGGUGUUUAGCUGUGACUGAACAUCAGAUGCAGUCAUCACAGAAUGUGUUGAAAACCCAGGAUCAUCUUCACACUCAUUUUUCAAACCACUUGUGCGUCUCCCCCUGAGCUGAAACAGAUGUAUGAUACAUUGUGAAAACCUGUUGGUUUCUACAAGAGAAAUCAGAGCGCUGCAGUCUAAUUGCCAUUAACAUACACAGUGUAGGUCCAGCCUCAGGAUUCAGCUCUGUGUGGGGCAAUAAUUGAUUGUUUCCUGGGAAAUUAGAGCAGUUUUGUAGUGAUGUUAUUCCCUUCUCUAUGCUUUUGUUGCUCUUAAUCUGUGAAUUAUUACAGCUAAAUCACUACCUUAACUUUAAGGCACAUGUUGUGGCGGGGAAAUCCCUUUGGGGCCCCAAGGUGCUCUUUGUCGUGGUUUCUGGAUUCAUAACGAGACUGCAAACUUUUGAACCAGAAAAACAUUUUAACUUCACUGUAACUUUGUCACCCUCUGCUGGACUUUUGGUGGAACUACAAAUAUACCCACUUCAGCAUGUAACGCAGGCUGUGCCAUGGCUGCAUCCAUAGUUCAAUAUACUUAUAUAAUGGACUUAAAAAGGACAGUGUGUCUUUUUUUUGGUCACAUCAAAGUAUUUCGGAUUGCAGCUUUCCAGGAGUUAAAUAGUUAAUUGAAAACCUAAGACUUUAGCCCAUUUUUAAUCUAUUUUUUUGAAACUUUGCCAUAAAAUUACAUGAUUUGUAAAUAUUUUUUCUGCCUCAGGCCAAGAAAAAGAAUCAUUUAGUACAGCCAGUUAACAAUUCUUACUCUCCUACUAUUUGUGUCCUGUUAUAUGUUGUUGUCAUGCUGUUAAAAUACGGCUUUUUGCAUUAACUGCUUUGAUUGCUGUCGUCUUCAUUUAGUUUUAUUUGUCCACUUUUUAAGUUCUUGCUAAUUUAAAGCUAAUCUACCAUCAAAGAAAAUAAAAAUAUAAUCAAUUCUUGAACUUUUGAUUUGUCCUACAAACCUUGUGAGCUCAUCCUGGACUGGUGUUGUUGUUUGGACAUGACAAAGAUGAAUGAAUUGUUUGUCAGUCAAACUUUUAGCAUUGCUGGAGUGCAGCUCCAGGUGUUCUAGUGAGUCAGAUGAAUUGAGCAUCAUCGUUGGUGUCAGGUGCAGCUGGCUGACUUGGACCAAACUGUUGUAACAUAGACCUCCACUAGAGGGCAGCAAGAAAUGCAAUUUCACCUUAGACACUGUGAGAUAAAGUGAAAUAAAGCUCACAUUUAAGCUCAUGAUUAUGAUUCAGUAAAAAUAACUCACAGGUAACUUUUCAUAACUAGACUGGGGAUUGAUUCCUUAAAUUCAUUACCCAUUAGCAGAGGCAGUAUAAUGAAAACUGGUAGAAAAGACUGACCCUGACACCACCUCUUCAUCUCAUGUUCCAGAAAUAAGUUUAUAAUCAGUGCAAUACCAGAAAUACAGUGGAUACAUUUUUUGUCCACAGCUUGCUUGAAACAUUUUGAAUAUAUGCAUCCAGUUGUGUGUAUGUUGACCGUCACAGUAUUUUUCAUGCAUAACAUCGCCCGUCAGACAUGUUUUAUUUGCAGAACCUCCUGUAUGCAGCAACAAUGUUCCAGCAUUAUAAGACCCUCUGGGAGAAGCAUCAGUGUAAGAAUGUAAAGAGGGCUGGGGUUCUCAUUUUAGAUGCACACAGCAAAGAUUGUGUGUCUCAUGUUGUGGUUUGGUGAAAGUAACGUGGGUUUAAUUUUCCCUGACAGCAAUGUGAGGAGCAGCUGAAUUAGCAUUGUGGGAAAUCAUUAUUGUGGCCUUCAAUUAUUUAAUUCUGUGUUAUAUUUAGAUGUAGUUUGGGGCCUGGUGGUUUUUCUGCAAACAGUGAACACACUACUAUGCGGCGUUAGUGUGCAUUAAAUGUGCUUUCACUAGAGGGACACUCGCAGGAAUGUGCUCUGGAUGUAGAAACUUAAAAUAUUCUAGAUGAUUAUGACAGUAAGCCUUUUUUUUUUUGCAAGUUUAAAGAAAAACGCCUCACACACUGCAAGGCUCCAAUAAUCCAGAAAAUUUAGUUCACCACUUUUUUUGGAAUAACGGAGCCCUGCAGUGUGUCAGCUGUUUUUCUUAAGUCUGUUUUGUGGGAUAGUACUUAUGCUUGACUCAGCACCUGCCCUCCUGGGUUUGGAUGUCUGCUUACUCUUUUUUGUGACAUGGGAUAGUUUGAUCCCUUAGGCGAAUAUUGGGGAUGCACAAUCUAGAUUUUGUUGCGCCAGUAGCCAUAACCAUGAAUUUUGACUCUUCAGUUAGCAGUUAUUUUCUCAGUUAAUGCAAUAAUGCCCCUGUUUGAGUCUUUAUCCGACCACAGAGCCGCCAGACUAAGCAGACUUGAUGGACUCAUGUCAGAUGUUUAUAUGGUAAAACUUAUGUCACUGAUGUCGUGUUGAGUUCAAACUUUUUUCUCACAUUAUCCUCCUUUUUUUUUCUCAUUGACUGUGUGGAAAUGUUUUGUGCAGUUGCAGUGAAUCGAGCCGUUAUGUACAGCUCUAAAACAAAAACUAACAUUUGAAUAUUCAGCUCAAACCUAUGCAUGAGAAAAGAGAGAAAUGUUGGGCAUAAUGAAGCUUCUGCACUUUUCUAUCCUGAGCUUUUCCCCUGGCUCAUGUGGAGUGUUGUUGCAGGUUACAGGUGUGUGCUGGUAGAGAACGUGAGGUGCAGGAGGCAGCAUGGUGAAGGCCCAGAAGUCAGCUGGGAGGAAGAGCUCUCUCUGUCAACACAGACAGGUACUGGAACAAAAUAACAGUGUCUGGAUGUUAUUGUGUGGUCUUCAUCUCUUCAAAAUAAGAUUUAACUUGAUCACCACUUGUGCGGUCUGUCAUUUUCACAGCCACUGUCAAAUCUCAGCAAAUUAAUAAUUGGUGAGUUUUAAUAAUUGGUCAGAGAAAGUGCUCUUUUUUUACAGUCAAAUAGCUGUUUGUAUCCACACAGUUUUAACACUUUAUACCAGGGAUGUUUUGAUGUGCACUUUUUGAUCCCGACCCUGAUCCAGGUUUUAAAAACAGAGAAUCUGCUAAUACCCAGAACUGAUCCAAUAAUUGUAUUUCCUCUGAAAAUAUCUGAUAUGAUAGCACACAUUUUCUUAUUCUAUUAUGAAUGAUCAGAUUUGACUUGUUAUGAGAUUAAACCAGAAUUAUAAUAGAAUCAAAAGUCACAAUAUUUACUGUACUCACCUGUCUUCAUAUCUUGGAUCCACCAGCGUCACAUUUAUGUACAGCUGAUCAGUCUCAACCUGUCUGAAGCAGAGCAUGACCUCUUGAGUGCUUUUCAUCGUCUUCUUGAUUCCCUCGCCAGUGUUCUGCUCCAGGGAAAGAAAGUGUUUCAGAGCCAUAAGGGCAUGAAUCACAACAACCUCGGUUGCAUCCAUCACACCUACAGCUCUUAUUAGCUCUUGAAAGAAUAAAAUCGUGACCCUUUUCCCUGUUCAGUGCCCACUGGUUUGCUGUCAGUGGACCUGGGAGUAGCUCUGCUGCUACAGCCUAAUGAAAUGAUUAAUGCAUAUCUUGCAGGUGGCUCAUGGAUAGGGCUGGGGGAUAAACUGAAAAUUUACACAUACCCAAAUUUAUGACAAUAAGCGACAUCAUUUUGCCCAAAUCGGUAUAUUCGGUGUCAAAAAAAAUAAAUAAAUAAAACUUGAUUUUGGAUGUGUGUAGGUAGGCUAUAAUCUCAUGUCCCAUUAAGACCCUGUCCAAUGUCAGAGACAUCAGACACUCCACCCCAUCCAGUCUGUAACAAAGAGAGAAAGACAGGUGAGGAGACGGAGGACGGUUCAAAAGUUGUAGUGACUGGAGCGGCGGCUGAAGAAGACAAAGUUAAUCUGGGAGGGGAUGAGCAGCUUGUGGAGUAGUUAUCAUCCAUUUAUCAUUAUCAAGGUGAACUGCUCAAUAUAUUGUGAUAUUGAUUUGAGGCCAUAUCGCCCAGCCGUACACAUGGACUAAUAUUUCAUGGCAUUUUAGCCACGGUAUUAUUAAUACUGAGUUACUUACAAAUUUGCACGUAGGGUAAAGAAUUUGUGAGUAACUUGUAGGGGCGAGAGAAAAAAUCGAUACAGCAUUGUAUCGUGAUAUUUUGUCUGGUGAUAUAUCGUAUCUCCUCAUUUACCAAGCAUCGAUUUAUUCAAUUAAUUAUUAACGUGAAGUUAAAUCUAUGAUAAUGGAAAAAUAAAAUCAACUGUUUGUCCAGUGAGGUUAGCAGAGGUGACAUCAUGGAGCAGAAGAAAGUUAGAACAACAAAGAUAUAAAAGGUUUGCAAGAUGUGCGAUUUGAAAACAUAAUAUUGUGUGAAUAAGACAAACAUAAAGGAAAGACAAAUGCUAAAUUAGCUAAACAGUUGAAAAUAUUGUAUAGAGCGCAAUAUAUUGUAUCGCUAAACUCACUAUAUUGCAGAAUACUAAAAAUCACAAUAAUAUCGUAUCGUGGCCCAAGUAUCGUGAUAAUAUCGUAUUGUGGGGCCACUUGUGAUUCCCACCCCUAGUAAAUAGUAAAAUCCAGGCCAUCACCUCCAGUCAUCUUGUGCACCAAUCAGCCAUGGUUUUAGUUCAGCUUUUUUAAUUUUCAGUUUUUUUUCCAUUUCAUGAGCUCAAACUUUCCCACAGAGCAGAGCUGGUUGAGAAGGGUCUGUGUGGCUUAAAUGGCUUAUGAAUUUUGUACUGCACAGAUGGCGUCACUGAGCAUGUAUUACAUGCCGUUAAGCUAUUUUGUAAUCAUUUGAUGCUGCUGGGAUAUGCACGGUAUGUUUGUGUGUUUAUGUGUAAGUGUGUAAAAAGGGGUGACACAAGUGUCCAAGUGGCCCACUUGUCCUGUGGUGAUGUGCUGUAAUGUGCCUGAAUGGUGGAGUCAUUUAUCCCUCUUCAAGGGCAGCAGGGACAGACAGACACAGACAGAGAGAAAAUGAGGAUAAAUUGGUGGGUGGGAGACCAGGAAAGAUUGGGGAUUUGGAGGGAAAAAAAAGGAGGUCUGGUCAGGAGAAACGCGCACACGCUCACACACACUCAGUGAAGCACAGAUGGAUGUAGUGCACACAAUAACGGGCCAGUGUGGAGUCACUUAUCUGCUGAAGGGUGGGUUUGUGCGACAAGGUUAAUGUCUCCCUGCAAGAUCUGUGGACGCUCGGGAGACAUGACAGACACACGUGCACACACACACACACACACACAUACACACACUGUCAUUCUCUCCCUCACCUGCUGUGACCCUUCACUCUGCUGCCCUACAGUAUGCACUUUUUUAUUUCAGCAAGCAGUGAAAACCCACCAUUCCUUUAUUGGAAUCAUGCCACAUUACUAAUUUAUAAUCAGAUCUCUGAGCUUUGUGUCAGACUCUCCAGUGUUCCUAAUGUUUAGGAGGUUACACUUUCUCAGCUGAUAAAGAAACAUGGUGAUGUUCCGGAUAAUGAAGCUUUAGUAUGCAAAAUUGAUGCUGACAAAAUCUAAAAUCAAGAUAAGGGUAACGUCCUCCUAAUUAGAUUUGUUAGCCUUCCUUCCCUGAAUGUCAGUGUUUUUCAUUUUGGCGCCACCCUGUGGAAGCCUCGACAAAGUCUGAUCACCCACAAAUCUGACCCUGGAGAACAUAGGAACAUUGACUUUGCCAUCUUUUCCCUCUUGUGCUCUAACUUCUAGUUUAGUUGUUAUCCGGUGAUAUUUUUGAAGUCAGUCCAGCUUUUCUCCUUGGCUCAUGCUUUCAUGUCUUGCUGUGUUCCCUCCAGAGUGGUGGUGA